UUUAAUAACAAAUUAUUUUUUAUUCCCAUAUUUAAUACUUUAAUUAUUCAUUUUGAACAGUAUCACUGCUGCGGCAAGCUCAGUCCUGAUGAUUACUUCUCCAUUGGACGCCUCACCUACCCGAAUAGCUGUUACCCCUCAAUGAUUGUGAAUCAAACUGCCCUCUGGCAUACUGGCUGCAUCAAAGCUGCUGAAGAUGAAUUCACCAGCAUUUUCAAUUACUCAUCCGGCGGUGAAUGGGGAAAUCUUGUUUUCACGGGUGUGAUGUUAUUGUUCGCUAUUUAUCUGGUCAUACGUUUCCGUAGCAAACAACGUCGCUACGAUUAUUAAGUCGUAUUUCACAAGUGUAACAUAUAAAUUGUAUGUUUACUAAAAUGAAUCUCAAUUCGAGAGAGCAAAACAACAAAUACAAGCAUAUUUUCACAGUCAAAAUUUAAUAUGUCAUUAAACACUUGCUUAAGGCAGCUUUAAAUUUUGUACAACUUUUAUAUAAAAUAAAUAGUUAUGUAUUUGUCUUUUUGGAGUAUCUACAAACAUAUGUAUGUAUUUCUCAUAAGCAUUUAACCGUUUUUCACUUGCUAAAGUGUAUUUAUUUUCAUGCGUAAAUUUUUUAAUAAAAUAAUAAAUUAAAUUUGUUACCACUUA